AUGCUCGCAACAAUGAUGAUUGUUCAAGGAGGAGAGUUACCCCGUAUUUUCAGCCCCAGUUUAUGCCAGUACAUUCAGGGUGGAAUCUACAAUGCAUUUCCCCAAAUAGAUGAGGUAGCAGACAUAAUUGUACGAAAGUCUUUAAUUAAAGAAGGUAAGCAAAAGCAUUGAGUAGUGGUAAUUACAACACAAUGAUCUGGUUAGUGGUUUCUGCACUUCACUUGGUAAUAUUAGAAUUCUGUUUUUAGGGUUUGUAAUCCAAGUGAAUAUAUAUUACAUUUUAGGACCUAACCAGGAAUAACUGCGAAAAAUGCAGCACAAGGUCCUCUGGUAGGAAUUGAGAGGACCUUGUGCUGAAUUUUUCACAGUCGUUCCUGGUUAGGUCUUAAUAUAUUAUAUAUAUAUAUACUCACUUGGAUUACAAACCUUAAAAACAGCAUUCUAAUUACAACACAUUUUAAUUUGAGCAGUAUUUUUAAGCCCUUUUUCAAGACCAUUGAAAAACACUACACUACCCUACUAUUGUAUACAUUCAUUGUAAAUUUUAGUUGCAAGAAGCAAAGACCCAGCUUGAUGUCAACAAAUGUUGGACUGAAUGCGAGUGGAAAGUAGAUAUAGAUGGAUUGCCUUUAAAGAUCAAUCUCAAUGAAAGACACAUAUUGGUUAAUGAAAUCACCAAGUACUAUGUCAUCAUUAGAUGUAAAUCUAUGCUGGAUCAAUUUAUCCAAGGCCUUUCAUAUUAUGGGGUUUGAUAUUUUCAUACUAUUUACCGUACUAUUUGUGUAAUAACUACAGUAUGUCACCCGAUUUUUCAGAGUUAAUAAAAAAAGCAUGGCCGGAACUGGAACUCUGUUGUUUUCAGAGAGAUAGAAUAUCAAACGUUUUUGUGUCUAACAAAAGUUCACAGUAGGAAGUCAUUUGGAGUACACAAGGAAAAUAUGCACCAUUAACAUUUCAUUAUGACGUUUAAUGUUUGUCAAUAUUUUUAUUCUAAUGUAUGGCUUAAUAAAUCAGUUCCGGUUCCGGCCGAAACUUUUCAGUUCUGGCCGGAACUUCAAAAAUUAGUUCCGGUGCACCCCUAAAAACGUCUGAUUAACUAAUUGGCACACAUAGGUGUAUGGAUAACAAAAUUUUAGGGGGCAGCCGAUUUUUGCCUGAUGUGACCCCACCCAGUUAUUUUGCCCGAUGGUGAGCUAAAAAUUGCCCAACUGGUUCUAUAACUAUUGGUUCUAAAAAUUGCCUGGUUGGGUCAAAAUUAGGAGCCCACCCCCCUUGUACACCUAUGUUGACUGUAUAAUUUGAGAUGACAACUAUUUCUUCACAGGUAUUAGAUUUUAUCAGAAGCAGUAAAGGGAUGGCUCAUCAUCUAUUUUCUUGCAAGAAAGGUGGCAAAGUGAAUGUUCAACAGGUGAUAAAAACAUUGAAGCCUGCUUUUUCACCACAAGGAAACCAGCGAAGAGUUAAAGAAGAAAUAGUGAUGGCAAAAUUCAUUGCCUUUUUAAAAUCAAUUGAAGGUAAACAUUUUUAAAUACUAACUUACAAUACAUGAGCAGGGCUCGAAACUUGCGGUAUCCAGAUAUCCACAGGAUAUCAGAUUUUAAUUUUGAAUACUGGGUAUCAUAAGCUCAGUAUCCCAACUGGAUACUAGGAAAACUUAGAAAUUGCUAUAGUAGAUAAUAAUCUAGACUUUGGGCAUGUUUCCGAACUUCAAUGUCUACGGAUUUUGGCAGAAUAUUUAAAAAAAAAAAAUUUCACAAACAGUGCUUUCUUUCGUAUCGCCGCAGUGUGUUAUUUUCAAUUUUUUCGAAUUUCAAUACACAUUUUUAUUAUUGAAACUAAAGGCCUGGUUUUUGUUCAGCAACUGAAGGCCUGGUUGCAAGGUAAAAUUUUGCCUUGCUUAGAUACUGGAAAUAGAAUAUCUAGUAUCCAAAUCUGGGUUACUAUAUUUCAAGGAUGGAUACUAGAUUCUAUGAUGCUGGUAUCGACUUGGAUACUGACAAAAAUUUCAAGUUUCAAGCCCUGCAUGAGACUUUUAACAGUGGAAAUUAAUGCAUAUUGUUUUCUAUUUCAGAUGGUACUUUACAGGAGUGCUUAGAAGACAGUGAUUUGAAAUUAACCGAACAAGAGAAAAGCAUCAUUCUUUUGUUGACACCAAGCCAUAUGCUACUGUUUGCAACUGGGGCAGCCAACACACCAUCUAUUGGUUUUGAUCCGAAACCAAUGAUAACCUUUGUUCAUGAUGAGGGAAAGUCUAUUCCUAGUGCGCAAACCUGCUCCAAUGCAUUAUAUUUAUAUGUCAAUGAUAAAACAACAAAUGGUGACUUAUCACAUGACCUCCUUACAGCAUUAAUGAAUGGAGGCAUUUUCAGCAAAUUGUAA